CCUUGGGAGACAGGGACAGAGGCAGUGACAAGUGCUGAUGCUUGAUCCCAUCACAGCACUGCCUGCUCCCUCCGCAUCCCCCUGCACCCUGCUGGGAGUGGCUGGUGGUGCCUUCAGUGCAGGAACAGCUGGACCGCUGCCACUGGAGUCCUCAUCCCUGUGGCACCCUCUGUCAGGGAGAGACCUGCCUUUCCCGAACCCCUCAGGAGCCCCAGUGCCACAGUCUGAGGAUGCCCUGCCUGCAGUGGGCACCCACCCACCUUUUCCAGACCGUGGAGUUGGCCAGCUCUGUAACCUUUCUGCUUUCAAAGCGCUGAGUGAGAGCUGGGCAGAGGACGUGCUUCCAGAUUUCAGGGGGCAGCUGUGCAGCACCCUUCGGGGUCCUCCUUGGCCUGACCCUACCCACAGGGCUUGACUGUGCCUGCUGCACUCAGGCUUGCUAGCCCCCACAGUCCUCCCAAGCUCCUGCAGGCUUCCCCCCACUCUCUGAUCAAAAAGGGAGAGGGGUUGAGGGGGCUGGAGGAGCCAUAGGCCUGCCUCACCAACAGUGCUUUGUGGGCAGGUGGGUGCUGGGCUCUGCAGUGUGUGCAACUGUCAGGCACAGCUGGGAGCAUUUCAGCACCGGCAGUCAGUGAGGUAUUAAAGAGCCUGUCCAGUCUACUGUCGCUGUGUGUCCUUUUCCUUGUGGCUGUCUCCCUGCCAGCUCCUGCCAGGCCCCAGCCCCAUCUCUACCAGGGAUGUGUCAGGGUUACCCAGCACUGCUGGCCAUUGAAGUGGUGCAGGGACAACAGUGGAGAUGAUGGCAUUGACCUCCAGGGUGGCUCUUGGCCAUAGGGCUCUUGUUUUGGAAUGCUCAGGCCAACGGUGACUGCUGGGCCCUGGGCAGAGUUGAAUGGUGUUUAUGAGCCCCACAAUGCUGAUGUCAAUGGCUCUGUUAGUCUUGCAAUGGUUGUGCAGUUCUUGGGAAGCACACGUUCAGCUGUGUUUUGUCCCAGGGGGCUGCCAGAGGCCUGGAGCUCUUGAGGUGAUGCAGAGCCACAUGCAGGUCCCUCAUGGUCUCCAGGGCAAAAUGAGGGGCCCCAGCCCUCUGUGCCCAGCCUGCAGCAUUGGUCUUGGCAAGGAUAAAACCUACUACUGGUUUUGCUGGGAUGUCCUGGCCUGUGUCUGCCCUGCCGUGUGUCACCCCUGGCCUGAGCCCUUGCUCCUUUCUGUCCCCAUGCCAGUGAUGGUCUGUGCAGGGGUACUGCAGGAUGCUGGGAUGGCGUGGUGGGACAGGCUGUGCCUCAGCUCUGGUGUGCAGAGGGCACUGCUGAGCACCCAUGCCCAGCUGGGAUGUUGCUAUUGAGGAAGCAAGGAAGGAAAAAAACCAAACCCUGGCUCAGCAAAGGAGGUACAAACCACCCAAGUCAAAUCACUCCUCCCAGCGUGGUGGCACACGUAACACGAACUGUUCCCCAUCUGGAGGAAGCCUGGCAGCUGAGCAGACCGUGGUAACGCUUCCAGUGAACACUUGGAGCCAAACGUCCCAGCAGCCCAUCAUGUCUGUGGGUGGCAGAACAGCUCCAGCACACCCAUCCAUUUCCAUGGUCCCCGGCACAGCUGCGUAGUGCUGGGGCAGCUGGAUGGGCUGUGGUCAGGAUGAGCCCUGCCCUGCUCCUGCUGCUGUCCCUGGCCAGCUGCUCCCUGCUCCAGGGGAUGCUACUGAGGCCACGGCAUGUCAGGCUGGAGGCAAAGAACUUCCAUGUCUGGCUGCACUGGGAGCCAGAUCCCAGCUCACCCAGCUCUGCCACCUAUGAGGUGGAGUGGAGGAACAGAACCUCGAACUGGACCAAGGCAAGUGCCUAUGGGGGGAAAAGCAGAAACUCCUGUGUGUGUGAGCUGUAUUUUGACAGGAUUCAUGACAUCUACUGGGCACGGGUGAGAGUGGUGGCCGGAGGUGAGCAGUCCGAGUGGGCCAGUUCCAGCGAGCUGCAGCUGUACAGAGACACAAUUGUUGGCCCCCCCAAGUUGUCCUGGCUACUCCAGGACCAAAUCCUCAGUGUAAACAUCAUCACACCACCCACUCCCUACCAGAGAAGAACUGGUUCCUACAAGCCGGUCAACAGAGUGCUGCUGAAGCUGUGGUAUUGGCUGCACCUGUACGAGGGGGACCUGCUUGUCCAGCAGGUGCCCUGCAAACAGAGCAGGAAGGAAGUGCCUUGCACCUUUGGGCACCUGAAGCCCAGCACACAGUACUGUGUCCGGACGGUGGCUGCAGACAUUGCCAGGGAGCGGAGCCAGGAGGCUGAGCAGUGCCUGGUGACUCCAGCAGGCCCUUCAGGCUUUCCAUGGGUCCUUGCUGUGCUGAGUGCCUUCUUCCUGCUGCUGCUACUAAGUGUGGCCGGGAUCUGCUUCAUGAAGCUGCAUGUCUUUCCCAAUCCUCCAGAGACCUGCCUCCCAAAAGCACUGGCUCUCCAGAACAGCGAGCUGAGUGUGGCCAUGCAGGUGCUUCCACUCCAGCUUGAGGAGGACCCACUGGCCCUGCUCCUGCAGACUGUGCUCCCCUCCCACGGGCCACCCACAGCUGUGCAGGCAUCAGCCACGGUCCCACAGCUCCUACGAGGCCUUGUCCAGGAUGUGAGUGGCUACUGUGCCAAUGGGUUUGGCCCAAACUGCACUGAGGGAAGGGACCCGUCCUGCACCCACAAUCAGCUGGGGCAUGCCUUAGGUUCUCAGGUCCCCUCACAGCUGGAGAAGGAUGGGGAGGCAGGUGAUGGGGAUGAUUUGCCAGAGCAGCUGGUGCUAGUGGGACUGGCUGGACACAGCUACAUAGGUGAUGGGGACAGCCAGAUACCUAAAAUAUGGCUCCCCCUGCACCUUCAGCUUUAUUCUAAAUGCCAGUGCCCAGUCCUGGGAGCAGACAGCCACCUUCCUCUACCCAUGCCAAGCAGAAGCUGCAGCCAGGAGUACCUGCAGGAGAGUCUGGGCACGGCUGGGCACUGGAUCCGGCUCAGCUCCGUGAGGCUCCUGCCCAGUGCGGAGGCAGAGGGAGGGCAGCGCCUCCGUGCUCCCCAGCCCCUGCGUGGCGGCGGGACUGAACCAGAACAAGACGACAGGACCGCGCAGCGAGGCUGCCCGGAGCAGGCAGAGCCGUGUCUGUGCAGCCCCUGCCAGCUGCCCUCCUCGCCCCGCAGCGUCCCUGGGGCAGUUCCCUUCCCCGGCUACGAGCCCCGUGCCCCGCCUGGCAGCGAGCCUUAGCGAGCGGGGCCGCCUCCAGCGCCCAGCACAGCCAGGGCGCCUCCCCGAGCUCCCCGGGCGGGACGGCUGUCUGUCUGCCCUAACCUGCUGGGGCAGGGCUGGGGAUGGGACCGGGGCAGGCUCCAAGGGCAGGCACAGACACAUUCCGGGCACAGCCGCCGAGGAUCCGCCGAGCACGGGCAGGAUCAGAGCUUUCCUCUGGGGAUUUGGUGCUCUUGAGACACAGCAUAAGGAGCAUGGACCAACACUGAACCCCCAAAACUUCUUAUCUAGAGAUCUGUCUGCAUGUGUGCAUCUAUGGUAUUAAUUAGUAUCUAUACUAAUGUAACACUUAUAUAUACAUAUAUAUUUAUAAAGUUCUUUAAUGAAAAAAUGUUGGGGUUUUUACUUCUGUGGAAAUUUUGAUUCUGUGCUGGAGUUGUUUUUAAAUAUCACUAAUUUAUUCUAGAAAA